AUGCCAUUUGAUAACAACGUCAAGUACAGAUUACAAAGAAUUCAAACUCUUAACGGAGAGCAAGAAGUUAUUCUUAAACAAGUAUGGGCUUAUUUGUUGAAAGGGUUUGGUUACCCCGUCGACAUUAAUAGUCAAGAUUUACCAUACAAGCAAUGUUAUGUUGCAUCUACAUCAACCGCCAAUUUCGACGAAUCUCAAGCCAUUGCUACUGUUGGGUUAGCCAAAACCAACACCAGAGGAUCAAUCAAUUCUAGUAAAUCAUCAGCUUCAAAGAAGAAGUUGGGAUUAUUUGGCUCCAAGAAAUCUUCAAAUGCUAGUGUUUCCAAUGCUGGUGGUGCUGGCGCUUCAAAGGAUUCACCCCCUGCCAACUCAAAGAGAAUGCAUCAAAUUCAAACUCAGUCUUCUCAAGAGAGAUAUCAUCCAGUUGAUAUCCCCAGUGAGACGUAUUACGCAAUCUAUGCUCAUCAUUAUAAGGCUGCUUUUGAAUAUGCUGAUGAUUUUGAUGGUAGUUCAGCUCAACCUCAACAACAACAACAACAACAAUUGAAUGGAUUUGCUGCCAACGGAGGUAACGGUGGAUACAAUGAUGACUAUGGUUACGACAAUGGUGAUGAUGUUGAAUCAGUCAAUUCCAUGGAAACUUUUGUUACUGCUGAAACCACCUUGACUGAUUAUGAUGAUUUGCCAGCCCAUAUUUUCAACAAACAAGCCAAUGGUGGUGGAAACUAUGGUGGCAGAAUUGGUCAUCCUAACCAACACAAUAAACAUCAUCGUGGACAUCACGGUGGACACAGCAAACACAACAAACACCGUCAAGGCUCACACAGCCGUGGCCACCCCCAACAACAACAACAGCAGCAGCAAUUUGGUGGUGCCGGUGGUGGUUUUGAUGGCGGUAACCAAGUUGAUCUUUUUCAAGCCACUGUCAACAAUCCAGUUAGUGUCCAUCCCGAAACUUCCUUUUGUCAAGUUAUGGCCCAAUACAACCCCAAGGAAUUGCAUCAAGCACUCACCAAAGUGUUGCGUAAUGAUUUGGCUGACAAUUUGAUUUUGAAAUUUAUUAGAGCUAGAAAAUGGGAUACUGAUAAAGCAAUUGGUAUGAUGUUAAAGUCAUUAAACUGGAGAUUCCAUGAAUUCCCAAGUGAUGACUGGUUAAUGGAAUCGGAUGGACCAUCGUACUUGAAUGGUACCAACAAGGGUUUUAUCAAAAACUUUACCACUGAAAAAUCUUGGAUUAAAGGUAGAGAUAAAAACAACAACCCGAUUUUCAUGUUUCAAGCUAAAAAACAUUUAACUUCUGAUUCUCCAUUACCUCAGAAUCAAAGAUAUGCCGUUGUUACAAUUGAAUGGGUAAGAUUGUUUUUAAAAGAAGUUAGUGAAUCAGUUGAUACAUGCACCAUUGUGUUUGACCUUACUGGAUUUUCUUUGAAGAAUGCCGAUUACGCCACCAUCAAGUUUCUUGCUGAUGUGUUUGAAGCUCACUAUCCAGAAACUUUGGGAUUUAUUUUGAUCCAUAAUGCCCCCUGGAUCUUUUCAACCGUUUGGAACAUCAUCAAGAACUGGUUGGACCCUGUUGUUGCAUCCAAGAUCCAUUUUACUAAAGAUGCCAAGGAAUUGAGUAAAUUUAUCGAUCCUAGUUUGAUCCCUGACUAUUUGGGUGGUGAAGAUACCACAAGAGGUUAUUACCCCAUCCCUGAACCCAAGGACGAGUUCCCACCCAAGAGAAAAGAUGCCGAGUAUGCAAAGUUGAAGAGAGAGAGAGAUUUGUUGCUUGUGAGGUUUUUGGAAACUACUAGGAAAUGGAUCGAGUCGACAAAUCCACAGGUGAGUGAUAAGUAUUUGAAGGAUAAGUUGGAUUUGAAUAUUGCAUUGUCGAGUAAUUAUAUUCAAUUGGAUCCAUAUAUUAGAAACCCAGGUAUCUAUGAUAGAGAUCAUAGUUUACAAGUUGGUCAUUAG